CGAGGUCCCGCCCCCGCCGGCAACCAGCAGGUUACGUUGUGUGCGAGUGGUUAGUUCCUGUACUAGGCCCGGGCGGGGGCUGCUGGCGAGUAACUGCCCUGGGGGAGGCGGGGUCCGAACCGGCGCUGGGGGCCUGGGGCCAUGGUGUAGCGGAGGCGCCGGGCGGAGCAGCGGGGGGCACCAUGAUCAUUGAGAACGUGGACGCCCUCAAGACCUGGCUGGCCAAGUUACUGGAGCCGAUAUGUGAUGCAGACCCUUCAGCCUUAGCUAACUACGUCGUGGCAUUAGUCAAGAAAGACAAACCAGAGAAAGAGCUGAAGGCUUUCUGUGCCGAUCAGCUAGACGUCUUUUUGCAGAAAGAAACUUCAGGUUUUGUAGAUAAACUAUUUGAAAGUCUGUACACAAAGAACUACCUUCCUUCCCUUGAACCAGCAAAACUAGAACCGAAGCCUGCAGGUCAGGAAAAAGAAGAAAUCAAAGAGGAGAUAUUUCAAGAAUCGUUUGAGGAAGAACGAGAUGGCAGGAAAAAGAAGUAUCCUAGCCCACAGAGAAACCGUUUAGAUUCUAAUGAACAAAGAACCAGAGAGAAAAAGAGAGAUGAUGGCAAAUGGAGAGACUAUGACAGAUACUAUGAUCGGAAUGAUUUAUAUAGAGACAAAUACGACUGGCGAAGAGGCAGGAGUAAAAGUCGUAGUAAAAGCAGAGGGUUAAGCCGAAGUCGUAGCCGCAGCGGGGGUAGAAGCAAAGACCGGGAUCUGAACAGAAAUAUUGCUGAACACAAGGAGAGAGCAAAAUUCAAGAGUGAAAGGAAUGACAUGGAGAGCUCAUAUAACACAGUGUCUUUGUCAUCCAGUAAUUCUACUGAACAGUAUUCCUCUGCGCAGUCUAUUCCCAGUGCUGUUACUGUGAUUGCACCUGCUCACCAUCCUGAGAACACAACGGAGAGCUGGUCAAAUUAUUAUAACAAUCAUAGUGUUCCCAAUUCAUUUGGCAGAAACCCUCCACCUAAAAGACGAUGUCGAGAUUAUGAUGAGCGAGGAUUUUGUGUACUUGGCGACCUUUGCCAAUUUGAUCAUGGAAAUGACCCUUUAGUAGUAGAUGAAGUUUCAUUGCCAAGCAUGAUUCCUUUUCCACCACCACCCCCAGGACUCCCCCCUCCGCCUCCUCCUCCCCCUCCUCCUGGAAUGCUAAUGCCUCCAAUGCCAGGCCCAGCUCACAAUAUGAGAAUGCCAGGCCCACAAAUACAUCCUCGGCCACCACCUCCUGUUGUGCUUCCUGUAUCAAGACCACCUUUAACACAGUCAAGUUUGAUGAAUAACCGUGACCAGCCUCGGACAAGUGCCGUGCCCAAUCUUGCACCAGUGGGAGCAAGACUACCUCCUCCUUUACCCCAGAACCUACUGUAUACAGUAUCAGAACAUACGUAUGACCCAGAUGGUUAUAACCCAGAAGCACCUAGUAUUACCAGUGCUGGUAGAUCUCAAUACCGACAGUUCUUUACUAGAACACAGACACAGCGUCCAAAUCUGAUUGGCCUAACAUCUGGGGAGAUGGAUACAAAUCCAAGAGCGGCCAACAUUAUCAUCCAGACUGAAACUCCCAUUUCCAUUGCAAAUAACAGCAGCAAUGUAACCAGAGUGGUGCUUGAGCCAGACAACAGGAAAAGACCUCCAAGUAGCAUGGAAGGGCCAUCUGUAAAGAAACCCUGGAUGGGAAAGCAAGCCAAUAACCAGAAUAAACCAGGAUUUCUGAAAAAGAAUCAGUAUACUAACACCAAGCUGGAAGUUCGAAAAAUCCCACCUGAGUUGAAUAAUAUUACACAACUCAAUGAACACUUCAGCAAAUUUGGAACUAUUGUUAACAUUCAGGUUGCUUUCAAGAAUGAUCCUGAAGCUGCCCUAAUUCAAUAUUUAACUAACGAUGAGGCCAGAAAGGCCAUUUCCAGCACAGAGGCAGUUUUAAACAAUCGAUUUAUAAGGGUGCUGUGGCAUAGGGAAAAUGAGCAGCAGCCACCACUGCUGCAGCAACACCUGCACCAUCACCAGCAGCAACCACCACAAUCUCUGCAUCACCAGCUUCAUCUUCAACAACAAACGCUGACUGCCCAACCUCCAGCUGCAACGGUACAUAGCAAUGUGUCAAAGGUGAUAACUAAACCACUGGCAUCGGGUGCCUAUGUCCUUAAUAAGGUUUCAGUUAAACGUCGCCUUGGAGCAGCAGGUGGAAACCAGACAGAUGCAGCACAUUUGUUAAAUCAGUCCAGCGCUACUGCAGAGGAUUCUCAGACAUUUUCUACUUCUACAAGCCAUACAAAAAUGGUGUAUAAUUCCCCAAACUUAAAGACCUCUGUGAAACCUGGCACAGGAUCUAAAUCCCAUGAUGUUCAAGAGGCCCUUAAAAAGAAACAGGAGGCAAUGAAGCUUCAACAAGAUAUGAGAAAAAAGAAGCAGGAGAUGUUAGAAAAACAAAUAGAAUGCCAAAAGAUGUUGAUAUCUAAGCUGGAGAAAAAUAAGGCCACGAAACCAGAGGAGAGGGCAGAAAUAAUGAAGACCUUGAAAGAACUAACAGGAAAAAUCUCUCAAUUAAAGGAUGAAUUGAAAACUUCAUCUGUAGCCUCCACGCCAUCAAAACUGAAGUCCAAGACAGAGGCACAAAAAGAGCUUUUAGAUGCAGAACUGGACUUUCAUAAAAGAUUGUCUUCUGGAGAAGAUACAACAGAGUUGAGGAAAAAACUCAGUCAACUACAGGUUGAAGCUGCCCGUUUAGGUAUCUUGCCUGUAGGUCGAGGAAAGGUGAUAUCUGCUCAGGGCAGAGGAAGAGGACGAGGUCGUGGUGGGAGAGGAAGAGGCACAUUGAAUCAUAUGGUGGUAGAUCACCGUCCCAAAGCUCUAACCGUCGGUGGCUUCGUAGAAGAGGAGAAAGAUGAAUUAUUACAACACUUCUCUAAAUUUGGAGAUAUUGAAGACCUCCAAGAAGAAGAUUCUCCUUUAAGUGUCGUUCUGACUUUUAAGUCCCGCUCAGAAGCUGAAAAUGCUGCUAACCAGGGAUCAAGAUUCAAAGACCGAAGACUACAGAUAUCAUGGCACAAACCUAAGGUACCUUCUGUGUCCACAGAAAUUGAGGAAGAGGAGUCCAAGGAAGAGGAGACUGAAACCUCAGAUUUAUUUUUGCACGAAGAUGAUGACGAUGAUGAUGAAGAUGAAGACGAAUCCCGUUCUUGGAGAAGAUAAAACUUUAUUUGGAAUUGUAUAGUUUUAGGAAUAUAGUUUGAACUACAACUUUUAAAAAUUUAUUUAAGAAAGUUGAUGAGCCAAAAAAUUUUAUUUUACUUUCUUUUCAAAACACACAGUAGAUUUCAAGUGAGAACAAGUUUGUGAUAUGAACGUGUCAGAUACUUAGCUGUGCUACUAGAUCAGCCAAAGCUUUGCCCAAUGACUUUUUACAGAGUUAAAAAGAUCAUCAGUGGUGGUAGUCCUCCUAUAAAGAAGAAACUUAUCAAUAUUGUCAAGCCCUUUUUUCACGUCACCUGUAUUAUCUUGUUUUUUAAUGCUUUGAUUUAUUAGAUAUAAAAGAAAAGAUGUUGCAGGUUUUAUUUAGUAAUAUAAGGUUGCAGGAGAGAGCUGCAGACGCAUUUCCAUUAAAUGUCAGUUGCUUCAUGUUUGCGAACUCAAAAAGGGUAGCAUUUUAUUACAUGUGAAGUCAACUAUUAUAGGAAAUAUUUGUGUCUGAAUUCAUUUUUUUGCUUCAAGACCUGUCUUGAGCCACACACAACUUCAGUGUAGAAGACCCCAACUUUUCUUCAUUCAAGUGUUUUGUCUUCUGUUUCCUCUUGCAUACUUUAACAGGGUAUUAGUAUGAUACUGCCUGAUACUAGUUCACUGUAAAUUGCUUUAAAUCCUGUUUCACUGUGAAACAUUAGCAGUGACACUGAUAUCUGGGUCAUUAGCAUAUUGUUUCCAUUCUUUCACUGUCAGUGUCAGUUCCUUCGUACGGUUUGGAUACAAGGUUCAAGCUUAAUCUAGGCUGUUGAUUUAUUGCAUUGUCAGUAUUGAUAAAUGUCAAUUCUGUUAAACUGUAUAGAGUUCUAAAACAAUCAACCAUGAGAACCCUCUUCUCCCACCUCUGUAAUGUGACCAGGUCUGUCACUUUUAUUAAUAUUCAGGCCAAACCCAUACAGUGUUCAGAGCAAGUUUUGUCGUUUUUUGGCCCAUGGAAGGUCAAUAUCCUACUAUACUAAACCAGCACUUUAAGUGAUACGAUUCUUAAGACUAGUGUUUAAAACUCACUUUAGGAAAACUAUUUGUAUUUAUAUCUUAAAGUGCAGUUUAGUUUAAAAGCAGGUAAGACAGACACUAUGAAAUUUUCAAUUGCCUUGGUCUUUAUACCACUUUAAAACAAAAAAAAGCACCAAAAAAGAAAUGAUGGUGAUUGUGGUAGAAAUGGGGUUAAUAAGUUUAGACCCUUGAGAGCUAUAGAUCUUCAUAAUUCUGUUAUGUGGGUCUUGCUGUUCGUGAGCAUAACUACAUUAUCCAGUAGGCUUUUUCCGUCACUCUGUAUGCAUCUGUACUGUACACUUUGUACAGUAGGAGUUAUCUGUUAUGUAAGUACCCAUGUAAAAUAGUAUCUUUGCAUUCUGAAUGUCAGUUUGAAGGAGCAGAGCAAACGUACUCUUACCAACUGCUGGGAUACUAAACAGCUUUGUUAUAUACAUGUACCAAAUGCAUACAUUCUUGGCUUUAGAAAUCAUAUAUUGCUUUCAGAUAUUUAGCACACCAGAGUAUUUGGCAAUUGGUUCCUGAUUCAAAAUAAAUACAGCAUGUACCAGAAAUUUUAAUUUAGGCUGAACAUAGCUAGUUACUUGAAGUCACGUUCUUUCAGGUUGCCCCGUGUACUCUUCCUCUCCAUUUGAGUAUCCUUUUGCUGUGGUAAUAUGUAAAAGAAGCCAAAACUUUAUCGUUUUAAGUUUCAGUAUCAGUUGGAGGGAAUAUGUCCUUCAAUAUUUUCCCCCUUCAUAUUAAGACUUCCAUUUUGUAGUUAAAUACUGCAUUCCUACUAAUGCUGAGUUUAAAUUAAAUGUAUGAAGGAAUGAUGAAAAAACAUUAAUACUUUGAACCUAGAAGAAUAAUCCUUGCUCUUCUCCCACCAUCUCUAAUAUUUUCUUAAUGUCUGUGGCUCAGUGUAUAUUUUGAAAGAUCCAUUACAGCAAAUGUUUGAGUCCUGACAGUUUAAAAAAAUGAUAGAGGGAACAAAGGAUUUAUAUAUUUUUUUUGUACAGAGUUUUUUCUUAAACUGUAUAAUUUUGUAAAUAUUUUUCUUUUUGUGUACUAAAACUACCAGCGUAUAGAUUUCAAUAAGAAUUGUUGUAUUUUUGUAUUUGGAAACUGAAGAUUACAGUGAAUGAAUGAAGCUGUAAGAGAAAUUUCAGUAGCCUUUGACACAGUUAAACAGAAUGGGGUUUCCUUUUCAUAUGGUUUUAGCUCCAAAAGGACACAUCUUAUUGGCACACUUUGUUGAGAGACACUUUUGCCCUUGCUCAUAUGUAUUGGCUUUUUUAGUUAGGUGAGAUAGGUGAGAGACAAGGGUGGAAGAUUUAUUUAAUGGGCCUUGGAGAGAUUUAUAUAACAUUUUUGUUGGUAUGCACAUUGUAGCCUUACGUACAUCCUCAAGUGACAUCCCAAACAUGAUUUUUAAGCAUUGAAGCACAAAAGUGAGUUGUGCCUCUGAACUUAGCUUGUGUAUUAAAAACAUGCUAUUAUAUUAUUUGGGAGUAUAAAUGAUAGGCAGCAUAACAGUAAUUGAUUAAAUUCUGGUAUUUAAGGAGUGGGAAAGCUGUUUGAAAGUGACCUUCAUUUUGCCAAAGCUAGAGGAUCUCCCUGUGUUGUAUUUUACGGCUUAGUAGGUAAUACUAAAUUGUUUAUUUUUAAGUAGGUAACUGAGAAUGCACAUUUUACUUUUUUAUGGUAACAUUUUAUUUUUAUUAUGAAAUUAUAAUGUACACCUUCAAAAAGUACAGUUGACUUAAUUCAUACUCAGUACUAUAUCUGUAUAUGCAUACCAAGCAACUUAUAUAUAGGAAAUUUAAAAUAAAAUGUUACCAAACUAAAGCCUAGUUUACAGACCAUACAACUGUAUAUGCUAAACAUUAAACUUUGGAAUGAAGAAUUAUUCUUCAUUUCUUUAUCAUCAAAUUAAGUUCUUGAGCAUAACAAAGCCCAUGAGCUGUGAAGAUUCAUUUGAAAACACUUGCCCAUUUAUGAUGAAAACGUUUCAGCAGUUUUUAACAAAAUCAUGUGAAAAGGAAUAUAAGUUCCUCUUGAUGUAUAGUAAACUUGUACUAUAGUUUUUACAAAAUUGUGAACUUGUGUAAUAGUAUAAUAGGAGAUAUUGUUGAAUUUCUAACUGUUUAUACAUUUAAAUUCAUAUAUGUAAUGUUUGUUUUAUUGAUUACAAUCUGAAUUUCUAAGAUGCAUGUUGACUUUUUGCAAUAAAGAUAUAAUAUGGAAUGGUUCAAGAUUUAAAAAAAGAAAAAAGAAAAAGCUACAAAUAACUCUAACUUAAAAAAUUGGAAAACUGAAGAACCAUUCCAAAAAAUUACAACCAUCACAAAAAGAGCUAUAUCACUUUUCUUCUGAAAAACGUGUGUGCGUGUGUGUCUCUGUAUGUAUGUGCAGGCUUUUGCUUGCCUUAUAGUUAAGGAAUAUAGCUGAAGCAGCUGGAGAGAAGAUAGUUUCUCUGUGGAGAGCAUUACAGUUCUGUUAGAGCCAGUAUGAAGUAAUGUGGUCAGCAAACUGUGAGUAUAUUUGUGUUUUGCAGAAAACUGCAAAGCAUUUCACAUCUUUUUAUUUAAAGGGUUAACUAAUUAUUUUAAUGCACUUGUGCCAGUGCACUGAACAAAAUGAAUUCAAAUCCAUCGAUCUUUUGAAACCAUUGAAAAUAUAGCAAGCCUAUAAAACUACAGUGUGCCAAUUGUAAAACCAAGUUAAGAGUGAUCUAGUACAAAGUGAGAACCAUUGUUGGUCAUAUAUUUAUAUUAAUCUUUAGAGUUUCUCUUUCCUUCCUAAAGUUCAAUUUAAAAGUAGGAAUGAGUGGAGAAUUAUUUUAGACUAGGAGUGAGUUACACACCCUACAGCCCAUUAGAGCAUAUGCAUAUCACCUGAUGAUCUCUAAGGCGGAGUGGUAUCAGAGUAAAAAUAUGGUAUAAAUAAAAACACAGUGUAGCCCCACCCUAUUGAUCCAAUCUGUUAAUCAGAACUUCUACCUCCGCCUCUGUUCCUAGCCUUUAAUGCCCACCAAUCGGCUUCCUUAAAUGCCUCUGCAUUUUCUCCCAUGUUGUACCUUAUGCAUGCGGGGGUGGGGAAAUUAUCCAAUCUCAUCCUUCUUAUUCUUCAAAUUACUCCUUAGAAUUUGCUCUGUCACGAUGCCUACAAAACCUUGCUUACCGAACAUGGCCAGGCAGGUGACAAGCUGUGACUUUUUCUCUUCCCCUUUUUUACUUCUAGUCUCAAUUUAAAAAAAAAAAAAAAAAGCCACGCUACAUGUAACAAUAGUGUCAUUUCUUCACCAUGCUCAUUCACUGGUGUGUUGUAUCCCUAUUACCCUACCCUUCAUCUGUCAUUAGAUUGUAAGUGCUUCAAGGCAGGAAUUGGCUUUUCUGUAUUUUUACAGUAUUCUGCACAAUGGGUCCCAACCCAAAUUGAGGCCUUAAGCAGUACCAUAAGGGAAAUUUUAAAAAGUCUUUCAUUUUUGGAGCUUGUUUCCUUUGCCUAAAAUAUAAAGUCUUGGAGUAGUUCUCAAUAUCUGUCUUAUGAGAUAAGGGCUUUUGAAGGAAAGAGGCCUUGAAAUGGGGACGUUUGGGGUGUGCGAUUUGGAAUAGGGAAUAAAUAGUUGCCCAAAACCUACUAAUUGAACAUGUUUUUUAAGCAAGAAAAGGUAAUAGAAAUCAUCCUGUGUGUAUUUUAGAGCUCUUAUUUUUUCUCUCAUGUUUUUGCAGAUCUUUUGUAUGGGAAUAUAGCUGUCUUGCCCAAUUUUAGAAAUGCCCUUUUACUGGUAUGUGGCAGUUACACUUAUGGUGGAAAGUGUUCUUUAAACCUUUAUGGUAAAAACGACUUAUUAAGGAGUCUAUUAACAGAACAAAUGUGAAGGUAAAUGCAUUUAACUCAAAGAUUUUUACAUUAUACUUCAACCAUUGCUAAUUAGGAGACCAACAUGCCUGUCCUAUAUGCAGGACUCCUGUGGAGUUGAUUGGCAUUUCUAUGCAUAGAAUUUCUUCAGAGGUGGAACUAGAACUUGCUAAUAACUGAUUUUCCUUUUUUUUACUUUUGAAAUAUACAAGAUCGGAUUGUAGCUUGUGUAAUUAAUGAAAUGUGUACUAAGAAAUACUUGUCAGAUUCUUGAUACUUGUUACCCAUAUAAACAUUGUUGACCCAGGUAUGUGAUGUGAUAACGUGAAGCUCCUUAAACUAAAAUUAUGUUCUUAAAGUCGUCUUCUCCACCCUUUAAAAAAAAUUUUUUUAGAAAUGUAUUGAUUCACUCAGUUGGGUAGGCUUGUAUUUGUCUAGCCAACAAGAUGUUAGGAUAGAUAAAGAAUGGGGUGGAGAACAGGGAGGAUAUUAUGCCGUCAUAUAACUCACGGGUGAGGCCUUGUCUAGAUCAUAGGACUCGUUGCCCCACCUUUUUUUUAUGACAAGUUUGGUUGCUAACAGUAAUGGCUGCUGUAAUAUAUUGCAACUUCUUUAAGGCAUUUGACUUGGUACUGCAUGAUGUUUUGAUUUAAAAAAACCUAGGAUAUAAAAUCAACAUGCUACAUAUUAAAUGGAUUAACAGUAGGCUAACUGCUAGAUCUCAAAAUAUAAUUGUAAAUGAGGAAUCAUCGUAAAGCAGGUUGUUUCAUGUCAUGUCCCACAGGGAUUUGUUCUUGGCCCCAUGUUUAACAUUAUCAAUGACCUGGAAGAAAACAUAAAAUCAUCACUGAAGCUCACAAAAUUGAGGAGUGGCAAAUAAUGAAGUGGACAGGGCAUUGAUACAGAGUAAUCUGGCUGACUUGGGUAUCUGUGCGCAAGCACACAAUAUGCAUUUUAACACAGCCAAAUGUAAGGUCAUUCAUCUAGGAACAAAGAAUGUAGGCCAUAUUUAUAGAAUGGGUGACUCUGUCCUUGGAAGCAAUGACUCUUAAGAAGAUUUGAGGGGUCAUCUGAGAUAAUCCAGUUGAACGUGAGCUCCCAGUGCAAAGCUGUAGCCAAAAGAGCCAAAUGUGACCUUGGAUGCAUAAUUGGGAAUCUCAAGUAGGAGUAGGGAGGUUAUUUUACCUCCUGUAUUUGGCACUGGUGUGACCACUGCUGGACUACUGUGUCCAGUUCUGGUGUCCACAAUUCAAGAAGUAUGUUGAAAAAUUGGAGAGGGUUCAGAGAAGAGCCACAACAAUAAUUAGAGGAUUAAAAAAGUCUUAUAGUGAUAGACUUAAGGAGGUCAAUCUAUUUAGCUUAACAAAGAGAAGGAUAAGGGGUGAUUUUAAUUGCAGUCUGUAACUAUCUACAUGGGUAACAAAUAUUUGAUAAUGGGCUCUUCAAUCUGGCAGAGAAAGGUACAACACAGUCAAAUGGCUGGAAGUUGAAACUAGACAAAUUCAGAUUGGAAAUAAGGCGUACAUUAACAGUGAGAGCGAUUAAUCAUUGGAACAGUUUACCAAGGGUCAUGGUGGAUUGUCCAUCACUGACCAUUUUAAAAUCAUGAUUGAAUGCUUUUCUAAAAGAGCUGCUCUAGGAAUUAUUCUGUGGUCUGUAUUAUAUAAGAGGUGAGCCAACAUGAUAACAAUGGUCCCUUCUGGUCUUGGAAUCAAUCUUAAAAAGGCUAUUUCAGAAUUUAGGGGGUGGUCAGAGAAGGGAGAUGAAAAUGAUUAGCUGCUUCAGAAAACCCUUGUAUGAGGAGAUUGAAAGGAUUGGGAUUUACCUUGGAAAAGACUAGAUGAAAGGAGGCAUGAGAGAAGUACACCUCUACCCCAAUAUAACAUGGUCCUCGGGAGUCAAAAAAUCUUACCGUGUUAUAGGUGAAACCGAGUUAUAUCGAACUUGCUUUUGGCCUCAAGCAUUUCCAUUAUUAUUAGUCACUUCCUGCCCCCGCCUGACCUCUCAGAACUCUAACCCAUCCAACCCAUCCAACCCCUCCCACCCCAACCACCCUCCCAAGACCUGACCCCCCCCAUCCCUAAUCAUCCCCAGGACCCCAGCCCCUUGACAGGCCCCCUGGGACUCCCAUGCCCUAUCCAAUUUCCCCUGACCACCCUGCCCCCAGAACCUCCGAACCAUCCAACCCCCCCCGUCCCCUGACCGCUCCCCAAGACCCUCUGCCCCUUAUCCAACCCCUCAGCCCCAGCCCGGCACCCUUAACAUACCGCUCAGAGACACAUGUCGGAGGCUGACGCGCUGAUCUGCCGGAGCGUGCAGCCCCACCCCCCAGAGCACCGCUUUACUGCGUUAUAUCCGAAUUCAUGUUAUAUCAGGUCGCGUUAUAUCGGGGUAGAGGUAUAUAUAAAAAAGAAUGGUAUUAGAUGCUAGAUCAGGAGCUUCUGCUUUAUUUCAUAGAAGCAAAGAGACUGUCAGGGCAAUUAAAAUGUGGUAAAUUCAAAACCUGUAGAAGGAAAUACUCUUCACACAAUGUAUAAUUAGACUGUGGAACUCAUUGCCACAGGAUGCCAUUGACAAAAAUGUAGCAAGAUUCAAAAAGGGAUUAGAUAUUAAUGGACAAGAAUAUCCAAAGUUUUAAUGGAUAACACUAUCAAAUUUUGUAAGAGAUGUUAAGCUUCAUGCUUCAGAAUUUAAACCAAUCUUGAAAUACUAGCUAUUAGGAAGGGGGUUUUUUUGCACCUUCCUCUGAAGCAUCUAGUGUUGGCCCCUGUCUGAGCUAGGAUGUUGCACUUAAUGCAUGAUGGGUCUGAUCUGGUAUGACAAUUCCUUUUGUAGUUAAAAACCCAUCCCGGUAUAUCAAAUAAGGGAGGAGGAUUUCAGCCUGUCCUUCAAAUUGACAUAAAAGUGGGAUCUAACUGAAGGUCUUGUCAGUUGUAAGAUUUUCAUAAUGGGGGGCCGGAGUGGGGAGUGGAAGCCAACUGAACAGUGCAUGUCAGUUGUAUUUAACUCACUAAAGCCUACAUACACAUUGCCGUACUACUGUUUGCACAGUAAAGCUAUAGCUGUGGAACAAUUCACUUGGGACAAAAUGCAAACGGGUUAAUUGUAGAUUUUUUUUUUUUUCUUUUUCUUUCUACAGGAUCUGCCAUUGACACACAUUUCUGCAGUCCACUGAAGGUUAACCAACCAAUCCAGGUCUUGGAGUUAGGCUACUUGAUACAGGUAGGACGUGGUAAGUAAUUGUUAGACGUCUAUUGUGGUCUUGCGGGUAGCACAGCCUGGUAUUUUGAUAGUAACCAUUUAUCUGUAGCUAUUUUAUGAAAGAUUAAAAUGAUUAAAUACUGAAGAUAAAAAGUAAGUUGGUGGCUGACAAGUUUAGUUUUUUCAAAUGAGCAUAGUAAAGCAUAGGGUUGAACUAGAAAACAAGUGAUAAAAGGUAUUUCACUGAGACCAACAUCUGCUGAAGGAGCCUUUUGUAGUAGUGUUGCUAGCAGAGGCGACGCAUCGGGGAGGGGCACAUGUGGGGUGUCAUGCCCCCCAAAUUUGCUGCUUGUCUACACUGCUGAAGCCAACUGCCCUCACUCUGCCCCUCCUCCCCCACUCUCAGCAGGCCUGGGUCGUCUCUGGCUGCUAGGUCAGUGCUUUCUCACAAUACAUCUUGGUUCUCUUGUCUGUCUUCUCCUACACGACCAUUUUUGUUGCCCAUUCCCAGCUUUAAAAAUUUCUAUUUAAAGAAAAUAUCUGUAUAGAAAAUGAAUUGUGCUAACUAUUCAAAUAAUUGUAGUAUGCUUAUUUGGAAAGUGUUUAGCAAGUUUUAGGUGCUACCACAAUUGAAAUAGUUACUAUUAAACUGUAAAGUUUAAGGUGGGUGAAGCAAUAUCUUUUACUGGACCAACUUCUGUUGUUGAGAGAGACAAGCUUUUGAGCUAUACAGAGCUUUUCUUCAAAUCUUGGAACUGGAGAGUAUCACAACUAAAUACAAGGUGGAAGAAUUUGUUUAGCAUAAAUAGUUAACCCAUAUUCUAAGGGCUAGUCUAUGCUACCACGCAACAUCAGCACAGCUGCACUGAUGCCGACGGGAGAGCGCUCUCCUGUCAGCAUAAUUACUCCAGCUCAACGAGAGGUGGAAGCUAUGCUGGCGGGAGAGCGUCUCCCACCGACAUAGCACAGUGUAGACACUGCUUGAAGUCGAUGUAACUUGCGUCGCUCAGGGGGGUGGCUUUUUCACACCCCUGAGCGACAUAAGUUACAUCGACCUAGGGCUUGUCCACACUACUGCUUAAGAGACCAUUCAAGGUGAAAUGGUCUGUUAACGCCUCUGCAGUCAGAGGAAAAAAAGGAGGGUUAGUGGCUUACAGAUUGGAGUAACAAGCCAUAAAUCCAGUGUCUCUACUGAGACCAUAAGACCUCAACAGAAACCUGCACAACACCUUCAAAAGGUGAGCCUGGGAGCUUAAAUUCAUUACUGGACACUAUAAGACAUAAGGCAAAGUGCUCAAACCUCUUGGCAAGUGGGCGGUUAUUACCUGAUCUUCUGAAACUUGUUACGUUUUGAUGCAUUUUUUUGGUUACAAUUACAUUGGCAUCUGUAACUUGUAGUAGUGCUUUAUUUCUCAUGUUUCCAUUUAAUUAAGUUUUGUCCGCUGAAAACCUUGUGGUUGAAAUAAGAAUUGGUGAAAAAUUCAGGCUGUCGGAAGUUUAUCCUGUAGAGGGCACAAGAAUACAGAGAUCUUACACUUGCACUGCGAACUCUGACUAUGACUGUCUGCUCUUAAACCCACUUUCACACAUCUGUGGCAUCACAAGUUGCUUAAGCUUGUCAGAAGAAUACUUGUGUAUUUGCUGCCAGUAUUUUAAAGGUGUUUAGGUGCCUAAAGAUGUAAAUAGGUGGAGAAUCAGACAUGUAGGUGCUUUUGAAGAUCACACUGAGCACGUACUUACUUACAAAAUCUGGUUCUUAGUGCCUAUCUGAGAAUGUUAGUCUAGAACGUUAAGUCCCCCGACAUCCAUUUUGAAGUUAGAGUGUGAUAAGUUUGUCAUUCAGGAUAAAGCACUCUACACCUAAAGCUUGUCAUUUCCAGAGUCAAAGUUAUACAAAUUGCCUCUCUGUGGCAGCCAACAUCUCAACUCUUCAUUGUAAUUAAGGCUUUGUUUAAAUGAGCACUUUUGUCGGUAAAACUUCUGUCGCUCAGGGGUAUGAAAAAGCGCACAGCCCCCGACAGACAAAAGUGCUGGUGUGGACAGCGCUGUGUCAGUGGGAGAUGCUCUCCUGCUGACAUAGCUACCGCUGCUCAUUAGGGGUGGUUUAAUUAUGCCUGCAGGAGAGCUCUCUCCCACCACCAUAGAGUGGCUACACAGGAGACCUUACAGCGGCACAGCUGCAGUGGUACUGCUGUGCCGCUGUAAGGUCCGAAGUGUAGAUGUAGCCUCAGUAAAGAAAUUCCUGCUCCAUAGGUUUGUACUGACCUUUAUCCAUGGCAGUUCAUUGUUAAGAAAUAAAUUGGCAUUUUAAGCUGGAUACCAGUCUAAACAUUCACACUCCAGUACCUCUAACUCUUUCUUUUUUGUAAGGGAAAAGGCAAGUUUGAAUAGCUUUGAUUUCCAGAGGAAAGAUUUCUAGCUUCAGGUAUUUAGGGUGACUAUAUUUCCCAAAGGGAAACUGGGGCACCGCAUGGGGCUAGCCCAAGCCCUCUCCCUUGCUCCCCCAUCAUGGGUGUAGCCCGAGCCCUCCCCCACUGCACAGGGCUGGCUUGAGCCACUCACCUGAGCCACCUUCCCAUGCGGGGUUGGUGUCCAGAGCCCUCACUACACCCUUUGCGAGGCUGGAGUGACGUCGCUGCUUGCUUGAGCCCUGCCUGCCCCCCACCCGAGCCCUGCCUCCCUCCACUCAGGGCUGGCUUCGCUGCUUGCGCAGCGCCCCCCGCCCCUCCCAGCAUGUUCCUCCACACACCGGUGUUGGAUUUUUAUUUUAUUUAUUUUAUUUUUUUUUACACAAAAGUGGGCAAUUGUCCCAUUUGCCAAAAAAGUCAGGCCAUCCGGGACAGGGCUUAAAAAAGUGAUUGUCCUUGCCAAAACGGGACAUAUGGUCACCCUAAGUAUUAAGAGUCCAAGAAAAUAGCCAUCAGGGCCCAACAGAUAGGGUGCUUGCAGGCUUUUCCAUCAAUUUUAAUAGGACACGCUAAUAAUACAAGGUGAAAUACUGGUGGAAGGGAUGUUGGAGAAUAAAAGAUAGUGAAUAUUCAUCAUAAAAACCUACUGGAGUCGCCUAUCUCUGCAUCUAGAAAAUGUUUCUGGUAACACCCCACCAUACUUGAUGUGUGGCUAGUCCUUUGAGGAUGUUUAUUUGGGGGUAAAAUAGAUGAGAAAUGAAUAUCAGUGCAAAAUAUUUGCCAGGUCAGAUCAAUAAUUCAUCUAGUCAGUAUCCUGUCUUCAACAGUGGCUAGUACUACAUGCUUCAGAGGAAGGGGUGUGAAUUCCCAUAAAAAACAAACUUUUUUGAACAGUCUCAAUAGAAAUGAGAUUUUAGCAAAGCAUAAUAAACCUCAGUUCCCUGCCCAACCUGACAGACAUAGAGGCUUCUGCACUCAAGCUGCUUUCUUGGACAGUUUGAACAAAGGAAAUGCUAAGAGUAUGAGUUUUCAAAAGCGCUUAGCGUUAUCCUAAUUUUACUUCCGUGAAAAUCAAUGGUAAAACUCCCAUUUACUUCAGCUGAAGCAGUGAUAGGCCAACACUAAGCACUUUUAAAAAUCUGGCAUUAAAUGUUUUGUUGAAAUAACCAACACAAACUUCUUUGGAAAAAACCUUUUCAGGGAUCAUGUGAAAAUUGUGUCUCUUGUGACUUUAAAAGUUUCUCAGCAAUUUUUGCUGCAUUGUAAUUAAAAAAAAAUUUAGAAUUUUAACACUUCCUUUUGCAAAAGUAAACCAAUGUGCCAGAGCCCAAUACGCCAGAUCAGUUUUGGGGCUUGUAAACAUUGCCAUGUUUGAACACCACUGUGAAGAAUCAAGUUAGCUGACAUGAUGCCAACCACAAAUCGAUUAAUCAAAAUCUUUUUCAAAUACGAAACUUUAUGUAGACAAGUCCUUGCAGAAAACCUGUCUCCAGCAAAAGGCGAUUGAUAGCACCUAAACCUGAACACAAAUAACAGUAAUAGGGAAAUUUCCUGUCCUUCCCUCUUCAUAUCAAGGAAGCGUGACCUUUAAAGCCUACAUGUGUUUGAAUGCUAACGUUAUUAAGCAAAGGCGGGUCCUUUUUUCUGAAAGGAAGUUAAAGGUAAAAAUCUUUACUGUGGCAAUAUGAAUUUAAGCAUACCGAUCAGGCAAUGAAAAAUGAGGUCAUCAAUGUGAGCGAGUUCAUCAUGUUUUCAUUUCCUGACUUCUGGUUAAACUUCUAACCUGCAAUCAAGCUUUGCAUUUAUUAGUACCACUUUUUACAUUUAUAUAGAACUCUCCAUCUCCAAAGCAUUUUACACACUGUAGCAAAUCUUGUAAUAAGGGAGGCAAGCACUAUUCUCAUUGUGCACAGGGGCUCAUCUCUCUCGUCUGAAAUGGCUGUUUGGAUUGUGGCUCUCAAAAUGCCCAUCAGAGUUGACCAAGUGUACAGGUUAGGAAAGGAACAGUGGUGCUUGACUUUUAUCAGGAACUAGCUGGAGCCCCUUUUCCCCAUUAGCAAGAAAGGAGGGGCAGAGCAGUCAUGAUUCCUUAACACCUAUUCACAACACUCAGACUGAAAAAGCCAUGCUGUCAUGCUGAGUGAUUUAGUUGUGUGUUACCUUAUUAAAUAAGGUACUAUGGAUUAUCUGGGAGGCCUCCUCAGGAAUUGGAUUGUUUAUCAGCUGUGAUUGUCAGGUUGUCUGGAGCGACUCAAGAGCAUGAGUACCAACCUCAGGGCAGACUGUUAAGAAGCAGGGCACAAACUCCAAACUGGUUGUGAGUUCUGUACUUAGAUUUCACCAACCAAGUAUCAAGUGUAAAUUCAUCAGGCAUUAUAACAGCAUGACCAUGGAGUCAUGGACAGUCUCCUUGGGUGCUCCAGUCUAUCUUGCCACUGAGGCAAGCUUGCCUUUGUGGUUGAUGGCCCCUUACAUGAAAAAAUCACAAUAAUAUUCAGGUUAUUUCCAAUCUCAAAGGAGCAGUCACUUACUCCAGGUCAGUUGCAAUUUAGGUUUUACACCAUAGACGAUGCUUGUAGUCAAUCCUAUAAUAAAUUAAAGAUGUAUUAACUAAGAAAAGGAAACGAGUUAUUUACAAGGCUAAAGCAGAUAAACAUACAAAUGAGUUACUUAGGUUUCAAAAGAUGAUAGAAGCGGUGAUAUGCAAGCUUUAUAUGUCCUAGGGUUAAUCCAGACUAAGCAGCUAGGGAUCCCUUGCUUGUGCUUAAAAAUCUUUCCCUCCCAAAGUCAAAGCAGCAUAGAGGUAGUUCCUUCUUGUCAGGAAUUUUUAUUCCCUUCCUCCAGAGUUCAAGCAUCUACUCAUCAUGGGUGGGGAAGAACAGUUAACAAAGCCUUUGUUCUUUGAUGUUUCAGAAUGGCUUAUUUGGUUUCAAUGGGCCUUUUUGUUGACAGGAGGUAACAUCUUCUGUAGCAAGCCAGCAUUUUACAUUAGUUAAUGCCUCUUUCCUGUUUGGUGAGUUAGGGCAGUGGUUCUACGCAAAUCAGACUCCUGAAAGGGGUACAGCAGUACCCUUUUCAGGAGUCUGAUUUGCCUAGCACCUCCCAAGUUUCACCCCCCUUAAAAACUACUAGCUUACACCAUCAGACAUAAAAAUACAAGUGUCACAGCACACUAUUACUGAAAAAUUGUUUACUUUCUCAUUUUUACCAUAUAAUUAUAAAAUAAAUGAAUUGGAAUGUAAAUAUUGUACUUACUUUUCAGUGUGAUACUUGAGCCUGUUUUUCACUUGUGAGCCUUGUCAUUCUGGGAAGCAGUGAAGCAACAGCAGCACAUUGAGCAGCACAAUUUUUCUCCACAUUGAGUCUAUUCCUACUCUUCGUCUUGAUGGCAGUCUUAGAAAAUGAGAUGUCACAAAGAUAUGUUGACCCAAAAGCCAAAACAUCAUUCCUAAAGUUAGUGUAUUAUCUGUGUACUCAGGGCCAGCUUUACAGGUUUGCAAGCAGGGCAAUUGCCGUAGGCUCCGCAAAGCUACGCUACUCAGGCUUCAGCUCCGUGAAGCAGGUCUCGGACUUUGGCUUCGGCUUCAGCCCCAGGUGGCUCUAUGCUAUGCAUCCCCAGUGGCGCUCGAGCUUCAGUUUCUGUCCUGGGCCACAGAGAGUCUAACACUGGCCCUGGCACCCCCAUUAAAAUAAACUCACAACCCACUUUAGGGUCUCAACCCACAGUUUGUGAACUGCUGAUUAUGGUAUAUAGAGCAAUAUAAACAAGUCGUUGUCUGUAUGAAAUUUUAGUUUGUACUGACUUCGCUAGUGCUCUUUAUGUAGCCUAUUGUAAAACUAGGCAAAUAUCUAGAUGAGUUGAUGUACCCCUUGGAACACCUAUCAGUUUGAGCCCCACUUGGGAUGCAUAGCAUAGAGCCACCCAGCCUUCCUUGUCCAUUUCAGGGCUGCUGUCAGUCUCAGAGCCAGGGGCUCACAACUGAAGCUGUGAAAUUGACAAGAAAGGCUGGUAGGCUCCUCCUGUGAAAUUGAGCCCAGCACAGGGCUUGCAGCUGGGGCUGUCACUCCCGGGGUGGGGGGUGAGGGCUCCAGCUAUGAGCCCCGUACCAAGCUGACAGCUGUGGGGAGAGAGGGCAGCUGUCAGCCUGGUGCCUGGCUCAAUUUCAUAGUAGGGAGCCUACCAGCCUUCUUGUCAAUUUCAUGGCUCCAACUGUGAGCCCCCUGCUACACAGCACAGGGGAGCUAUAAAAUUGGUAAGAAUUUCAGCCAACAGCCGAUGUAAGUAACCCAUGUCUACAUGGACACUGCGUCACCCUAAUUACACCAACGUACGUGCUACACCUCUCGUGGAGGUGCAGUUAUGUCGGUGUAGUAGGGCCCUUACAUUGAGAGGAGCAAGGCUGAAGUGUAGACAAAACAUAAUUAGGUCAACGUAAGCUGCUUUACAUUGACCUAACUUUGCAGCAUGGACCAGGCAAUGCAAACGCUCAGUAUUACCUUAUCACAUAGGGUACAGAGUUGUAAGUGAGAUUACUACAUGCAGCAUCCUGUAAGCAUUUCAUAAAACCUAAACACAUUUGUAUAAACUUAACAUCUAUUUUAACCAUAUUAACACACAGGUGAGCCAUACUGGUUUCCAGCUAUGUAUUGGUCAGUGUCCAGUUGAGGCCUAGGGGCCUUGGCAUGAGCUGGCAACUUGUCUGACAGCGUCAUAAUGGUAUUAAAUCAGACUGUGUAAAUGUCUCCCUUAUAAUGUGUGUCUUAUGUUAAUGUAUUGACCCAUCACACAACACUGCAUGAGCAUGUCUUAGAAAAUGAGCAUAGCUGCAUUUGACUUUUCCCUCCAUUUGGCUUAUUUUGCAGGCUUAUGUAUAGGUAAGUAUAGUAACACUGUCAGCAGGCCAUUUUAUUUGUGUCUGUCAAGUGUCAUUGUCCUAGCUUCAUCUGUCCCCAUCUGCAAGUUGUAUUUGAGUAUAUUGUAUCCCUUGGGAGGAGCAGCACAGAAAAGUUUAUUGGAAACCGUAUAGAACAGGAUUAUGCUAAUCUGUAGAUAAACAUAUUUUAAAGCAAUAUCUUCUGUGACCCUAGCAAUGUUCAUCCAGGAAAUAUGAAGCACUUUGGCUGCUUAUUUUAUUUUCAAUUUAAUCUUAAAUGUGCCUUUUCAGUAGCAAACUGGAUUAUGAUGAUCUUUCAGUUUUUCUAUGGUGCCUCAGUAUGUUUUUUUCAAUAUUUUCAUGAGUUUGAUGCCUUUUCUUUUAGCCUUAGCUUAAAAUGAAAGUUUAUAAACUUAUUUAGCUGUGUUUUUUGCAGUUUUCAAGUCUUGUAAAAUUGUAUGGAUAGAAAGAGCUGAUGUAGUAUUUUUAGUUUGUGAUUGCUUGCAUAAAUUGGAUCAUCUUGUCAAUGUACAAGACAUUUUGACCCUCAUUCUUCCAACAAUGGUACAUUCAUUUUUAUUAUACUUUCGAUCCUAUGUUAAACUUUUGGAUUUUUCACUUUAAUUCAGUAAUGUCAUGACCAAAAAAGGCUUUAGCAUUACAUACCAGAUGGAUGGAUGUGUGAUAUGCAGCUAACUGGAAAGAGUUUGAGAUAACAAUUACUCAUGGCUUUGCCAUUUGUAUGUUCUGCAGAUCAUCUCAAAAUGCCAAUAAAAAUGCAAUACAUAAAAAUAUGGUGUGAUAUAGACAUUUUGGAGUAGCCAUGUUUUAAUUUUGUUUUGUUUCUAUUGCUCUAUCACUCCCCUGUAAACUGUGAUUGUUCUCUUCUGUAUAAUACAGUAACUGAAGUGUUAUACUCACUACAGGAUGGAAAAAUUAGUACUAAUUAGUUCCUAUAUAGUCUAGAAUUGGGACAAACCUAUUAGGUCAGGGCAAAACAGGAUUUUCUUUUAUAGUUCUGAACAGCCAGGAUUCCUAGAACACCUGUAAUGUGAAACAUUUGUGUUUAAUGCUGACACCUCAAGAGAUACUGAACUGUGUAAAGCUUGCAGUGCUCUGGAAAAGUAGCAGUGUUUUUACCAGCACCAGUUUAGGACUGGCCGUAACAGACCAAUCUCACUGUAACUUUCAGUCCCUGCUCUUGCCUGAUCCAGGUUGUGAGGCAGCACCCUUUGCUAGGUGUGGAGCCAGCGGGGAUGAUCUGUGCUUUCUUCAGUCAACUUCAGGCUGGGCAUGCACACUUUCUAGAAAGAGAGGUGCGGGUCACGGAAGCUUUGCUUAGGUGCCGUGGCAGCCUGUAGUCUAAAGCAAGACACAUGAGCACAUCAAACUAAUUCUUCCUGAUCUGCACUGUUUCCCUGUCCUAUUGGAUCCAAUUCAACGUUAUGACAUUUCAUCUAGACCUUUGGACUGCAGGCAUGACUGUUGGUCUGCCUCUCUUCCAGAGGCUUGCUUCAACAGCUUCAGUCAGUAGCAAUGCUCAAGCUAACAGCCGGCAGUGCAACUUUGGGGGCACACCUCUGUUGCCGAAGGCCAUAUCCAUUGAGCUUCCUUCCUCAGGACAUCAGGAUAAGCCGGACUUGCAAGACGGGUGUUUUCACAGAUAUUCACCCAACCACCACCAAAUGAACUCUUCCCACUGGGUAGCAACCCUGCAGAAGCAGCUAAAUCAGUGGUGGAAUGGGAGUAGUAUCUUUUAAAUUGUGUGUAUGGUGAUUAAAACCAUGGAGUUACCUGUAUCAAAUGUAUGUUAGGUAGAUAUGAAGGAAAAACGUGGUUAUGUGAUUUUUGUGUUAAAACAUGAUUGGGGAAAGAAAUGACAGGAUUAGAGUGAUAUAAACCAUCCUAGUGAAGCUAGAUUCGUAGGGCAUACAGCAGGUGAGAAGAUCAAAAAUGGCAAAAAAUGAACGUUGCUUAUUCCAUGGUGGUCGUGACCACAUCUAGGCUGUAUGUUUGUGUGUAAAAUACAUGAAAUACAUAUACAUGGGGGAAUGUUUUUUACAGAACAUUGUCUUCAGCUAAUCUGUAACAGCGUUCAUAUAGCACAAAUCCUGUUGCCAUAAAGGGAUGAAAUUGUUACAUUAAUAAAAAUCCAUUUUACCUCUUUAAAAGAUAUUUGAAUUAAGUCCUACUUACUUUUGAGACGUAGUCUUCCAGGAGGAGAUUGUUAAUGUUUCCUCUGUAACAACUUUACAUAUCUCAAACUUUUUUAAAUGUCAACAUUUUGAAAACUGCACUUUAAUGAUUGACAUUUAUUUUCUUAGGCCUGUUUUACCACCAUGGAAUCAAACAUUCCAUCAAGAUUUAUCUAAAGUCCUUUAAGGUUUCUCUUCACUAUCCUUCAUCCUAUACUCCUGCCUUCCAGGUACCCCUUUUCUUUACCAUUUCUCAGUUUCUUUGUGGCUUCUGGAGAAAGUACUUUUUUUUUUUUAAGGUAGCUUUUAGAUUUUGAUCUUAUAAAGAAAAUAACUGUGUUAUGUGCUUUAUUUACAUUGUACAUAUGCUUAAUCAGUAGCUGAUGGAAAUAAUUGCAGAGAUGUCUUCAUUCUGAGUAUCUGACUAUAUUGAAAGUGAGUAAUAGGAACCUUGUCGAAAUGGAAUGACCCUAACACAAUUUGUGGUGGCCCAUUCAUUGCGAGCUUUAUUUAUUGUAUACGAGAUUGAAACGCCACAGAUGAAGCAAUACACUGAAUACUCAUGAUCUGUUAGAAGUUCCCCCUAAAUAGGUUGUUUUAGCUGUGCACUGUAAACUGGUUGGUUGCCAAUUGAUAGAAAACAUGCUGUCUGUGGAAGCUGCACAUAUGUUCGUGCAUAAGAGGAAAAAUAAUGUGGUGUAGACCCUAGGGAAAGUUACUGCCAGUGAAAGUGUCAGGAAGAGCAAUGGAUCCAAAUGAACUGGACCAGUUCUGGCAUUAGUUUUUUAACUAGUGCAUUUUUUUUAAACCAGUACUGUAUUAAUCAUUAUUCAGUGUGUUUAAAAGACAGAUCCCCUCUUUUCUAGUCAAUGUUUGUCUUGCCUUGUUCGUGUAAAAUUAUGACACAGUUGGGUCUAUUGUACUUGAUAACCUUUUUUGGUAAUUAUAAUUUGGUAUUCUGUGCAUCUCACACUGAUAACCUUAAAGCGCUUCUACUCCAUGUGAUUUAUUUAAAUGUUAAUAAAUUAUACAUUUCUGGCA